UAAAGUUGAUAAGUAAGUCUGGCAUCACUGUCGCGAAAAGCCGGUAGACGAAGGUUAUGUUGACUAAACACCGCUAAGCAUUUUUGUUCAUCAGUAACGUGCUUGAUAAACGUUGACAAUAACAUUCCGUAUAUAUCAAAAAUGGUGACUCUAGGCGAAGUUUUCCCCAACUUCAAGGCAAAAACAACCAUCGGUGAUAUCACCUUUCACGACUGGUUAAAGGACUCAUGGGGCAUAUUAUUCUCGCACCCCGCCGACUUCACCCCAGUGUGCACCACAGAAUUAGCCAGAGUGAUACAGUUGCAGCCGGAAUUCACCAAGCGUAAUGUUAAAGUUAUUGCCCUCUCGUGUGACCCAGUGGAGACCCACUUGAAAUGGGCCAUGGACAUCAAGGCGUAUGCGGGCUACAACAAGGACGAAUUCCCCUACCCAAUCAUUGCCGAUGAAAACAGGGAACUGGCCACUGAGCUGAACAUGAUCGACCCAGAUGAGAAGGACUCAAGUGGGGUCCCAUUGACGGCCAGGGCAGUCUUUAUUGUCGAUCCCAAGAAGAAAAUGCGGUUGUCCAUUUUGUAUCCAGCCACAACUGGCAGAAAUUUCGAUGAAAUUCUCAGGGUUAUUGAUUCACUACAACUGUGUGACAAGCACAAGGUGGCCACACCUGUGGAUUGGAAGAAAGGGGAUGAUGUUAUGAUUCAACCUACUGUUUCUGAUUCCGAAGCUAAAACACUUUUCCCAUCAGUGACAGUAAUUGCCUUGCCAUCCAGGAAGGAGUACCUUAGAAAGACAGCUCAACCAGAAAAUUAAGUCCCACUAGUUUUAGUUUUUGUUUGCCUAAAGCUUUAUUUUUGACAUUAAAAUUAACUGAUUUA